CUGUCAACAACACCUCAUCUGGUGGAAAGUCUCCUCUGCUUAGACUGUCACCAAUUUAACACCAUGCUGCUUCGGACCGUGGUCCUGCUCCUCCUCUGCUUGUCCUCGGGCAUGUGUGCCACUUUAGGCCACUAUCAGGAGGAAGAGGCUCCUGCUGUGGACUCACAAGUUAUUGAUGGUGUUGUAGCGGCUGCCUCUGAGCAAGAAGGUGUAGCUGCUCCAGAUGCCAAAGAACCUGGACUUCUAGCAAAAAUAUUUGGAGCGGAUAACCCAGCAGCUGACAACCCUGAAGAGGACGUCCCUGUUCCAAAUGAUACUACAGUUAAAGAGCCAGGGAAAGACAGUGAUAGGUCAGCUGAAGACACCCCUGCUAUGGAGGCCCUUACUGGUGAAGCCCCUGUCCAGGAGCAACCAUCUGAAGAGGAGGGGUAUGAGAUGGGGCAAGAACAGACCAACCAGUACCUGAACAGAUCCGUGGCACACGAACAUAGUAACAGUUGGGGCCUCGGCUCAAUUAGAAGUAGUUUCCAGACCGUGCAUGGAUACUUUGACUCUCUGGUGGAGCUGGUGGGGGGCCGCGAUGGUAUCUGUGAGUACCGCUGCAGAUAUGGAAAAACUCCUCAACAUCGUCCAGGCUAUCAGAUCCCAGAGCCCAACGGCUGCAGCACCUCUCUGGUGGGAUUCCAGGUGAAUACCGCUCUUGACCUGGGGAUCCCUGCUAUGACACAGUGCUGUAACCAGCUAGACGUCUGCUACGAUACUUGUGGCACAAGCAAAAACGACUGUGACUCUGUGUUACGCUCGUGUCUGCAUGGCAUCUGUUCUGACCUCAAGAAGAGUCUUGGCUUUGUGUCGAAGGUACAAGCCUGUGAGUCGAUGGCAGAUGCAGUAUACAACACAGUGGGGACUCUUGGUUGUAGACCUUACAUGAACAGCCAGAGGGCAGCGUGUAUCUGCGAGGAAGAGGAGAGGGAUGAACUGUGACACAGAACACCACAGAUAAUUCCUGGACGUAUUUUCACAGAUAAUACUGUAUAUUUAUAGUUGAGUUGUUUGUUUGUUUUUGUCAAAGGGGAAAUACUUUACAUGAGACUAGAUUAAGAACCUGGGAGUUAGAAAAGACAAGUGUAAGAACAGUUUAUUCAUAUGCAGCACUAACAAAUAUAAAGUAUUUGAAUAUGACUUUCAGAAUCUUAAUAAGGUGCUCAUGCAUAUUAUACUCGUCAUACUCCACUUCAUUUUUAUGCCAUUUUUAGGCAUAUGACUCCAUUACCAUAAAUUACUUUGAUGACUCCAAACAAAGUGCCUGAUGGGAAGGAUAUUGUAGUUGGAUUAAUUUCCUCUUGAUAGAGAGACACAGGAUAUUUGCUACAGCUCGCAUGGUUCCUCAUGUGCUGCUUUUUAAGGCUAGUCUGCUAAAAAAAACCUCUUGUAAAUGUAAUGCCUAAUACAGCUGUUAUCAUGUUAAUGUGUGAUGUAAGUUAUUUUCCACUUAUUUGUUAUUCUUUUAUGGAUGAAUGCAUGACUAAUUGCAGUCUAACUGACAUGAAUAAUUGCAGAUUAAUUGUCAGAGUGAUAAAGUGGAUGCAUCAUUUCCAGGCAUGGCUCAAUGAUAUCGCCUCCACUGGAAUGUGUGACACGCUCGCCAGCCAUCGAUUAUAUUGAGCUAAAUGAGUCAGAAUGCAUCUAUGGGAUGUUCCUUGUGUAUUUUUCAAGUAAGUGGUGGUGUAA